GAAGACUGACCUCCACCCUCAGAGGUCAACAGUCAACAACCCCUCUCCCCCUCCCCCAAUACUCAAACACCUUUCUCAGUGUUUUUUUUUUUAAUAAUAUUCCUCCCAAAUCCUAAAAAUUCAAUUCCACUCUCCAUUUUUUUCAUAGUGAAUUCAACAAUGGUGAAAUUUGAACUGGGUUACACGUUUUUGUUCCUUUUGAUUAUAAUUGGAAGUGCAAGUGGAGGAAUUGAAGGGGUAAUUAAAGUGAAUUACAAGUUUAGUGGUUCUGAACGGACUCUCAGUGCCCUAAAAGCCCAUGAUGAUAAACGCCAUCUCAGACUUCUCGCCGGCGUCGACCUUCCUAUCGGCGGCACCGGCCGUCCUGAUUCCGUCGGGCUUUACUAUGCCAAGAUUGGGAUUGGAACACCAUCAAAUGCUUAUUAUGUGCAAGUGGAUACGGGAAGCGACAUAAUGUGGGUUAACUGCAUCGGAUGUGAUCAAUGCCCCAGAAGAGGAUAUCAUGGUCUGGAGCUAGCAUUCUACAAUCGAAAGGAUUCUCUCUCUGGUAAAUUAGUUUCUUGUGGACACCAGUACUGCAAGGAUGUCAAUAAGGGUUCAGUAUCAGGAUGCUAUGGUAACACGUCAUGUUUUUUUAGUGAAACUUAUGGAGAUGGAAGCUAUAGUUUGGGCUACUUUGUGGAGGACGUUGUUCAAUAUGACCAGGUUUCUGGUGAUCUCCAAACUAAAUCAUCAAAUGGAAGUGUAAUUUUUGGGUGUGGGGGUACACAGUCUGAAGAUCUAACUUCCUCGGAUGAUGCUCUUGAUGGGGUUCUGGGAUUUGGGAAAUCAAAUACAUCCAUGCUUUCCCAGCUGGCUUCAUCUGGAAGAGUGAAGAAAAUGUUUGCACAUUGCUUGGAUGGUGUGAAUGGUGGUGGUAUAUUUGCCAUUGGGAACGUUGUUAAACCGAAAGUAAACAUGACGGCAUUAGUACCAAACCAGCAACACUACAAUGUCAAUAUGACAGCCGUUGAAGUUGGUUAUCAAAUUCUAAACUUUUCUGCUGAUGUAUUUACAAAUGGAGAGAACAAGGGAGUUAUAAUUGACAGUGGAACAACAUUGGCUUAUCUUCCUGAGGUGAUUUAUGGACCACUAGUGAAAAAGAUACUCUCCUGGCAACCUGAUCUGAGAUUACGUACAGUUCAUGAUGAGUAUACGUGCUUUGAUUACUCUGGAAGUGUUGAUGAUGGAUUCCCUCAAGUUUAUUUUCAUUUUGAAAAUUCUGUUUCUUUAAGAGUUCGUCCACAUGAGUAUCUAUUCCCCUAUGAAGAUUUAUUUUGCAUUGGAUGGCAAAAUAGUGGUAGUCUAUCUCGGGACAAAUGGAACCUCACGGUUUUUGGAGAUUUGGUUCUCUCAAAUAAGCUAGUCUUGUAUGAUCUUGAGAAGCAGGCUAUUGGUUGGACUGAAUAUAACUGUAAGUUGUAUCAGUUUGAUAGCUAAAAUUAUGUAUUGAUA